AUGAGACGCAAGAAUCCCAAUGAGGAUGAAGAAGAAAUUAAUAUUGCCACUUCUGUGGUUCGACCAGUUUAUACAGAAUCACAAUUCGAUGAAGGAUUUGAGCCACGUCCACCUAGGGCUAAAUCCUCAUUAGACAGAUUAGGUUUACGUAACUGCUUCAAGUGUUCGUGUAUGGAAUUUCUCGUUUCCUUUAUCCCAAUACUAAGUUGGUUACCAAAGUAUGACAGACGUCAAAAUCUUGGUGGCGACAUUGCCGCUGGUUUAACAGUUGGUAUCAUGCAAAUCCCUCAAGGUUUGGCAUAUGCAAUGCUUACUACCCUCCAACCGAUCACAGGACUCUAUACCUCGUUCUUUCCUGUCAUAAUUUAUACUUUAUUCGGGACAUCUAGACAUAUAUCAAUAGGUAAAAUAGUAGUCUUAAUCUAUAUUCCUACUGGCGUUGACAAUGUAACUAUCGCAACAUCGUCGAACACAUUUGUAACUACUACCAACCCACAAGAUUUACAAAAAUUAGGAGCAGCUGUAGCUUUAACUUUCCUUGUAGGCGUUAUCAUGUUAUUGAUGGGACUCCUACGUUUAGGUUUCGUCACAAUCUAUUUAUCAGAUCCCUUGGUAAGUGGAUUUACUUGUGGAGCGGCUUGUCAUGUUUUUACAAGUCAAAUUAAACAUGUAUUCGGUAUUUCUGUGCCUCGCUACAGUGGUGCAUUCGUUAUACCAAGGACCUAUUACUACUUGUUCGCAAACAUCAGUCGGACGAACUGGAUUUCCUUGGUUAUGGGAAUUCUAUGCAUCAUAAGUCUACUUGUAAUGAAAAAAUUAAACGAAAAAUAUAAAAAUAAAUUACCGUUUCCAAUACCAGCGGAACUUCUCGUCGUAAUUGCUGGCACACUAGCGUCUUAUCUUGGUAAAUUAGGCGAUAAACCUCAUAAUAUCAAAAUUAUCGGAAAUAUACCAACCGGAUUACCCCCUCCAUCUGCUCCACCGUUUGAAUUAAUGGGUACAAUGUUUCGUGAUGCAAUCACGAUUUCUGUAGUGUCGUUUGCAGUUUCAAUUUCGUUGGUUAAAGUGUUUCAAAAGAAGCAUGGCUACCCUACCGAUUCUAACCAGGAACUGAUUGCGUAUGGGUUAUCGAAUAUCUUUGGUUCUUUUUUUUCUUGCUUUGUUGCUAGUGGUUCGUUAUCGCGUUCUGCUGUACAGGAUAACUUGGGUGGUAAAACUCAGGUUGCCAGCUUGGUGUCGUGCUUUAUCGUAUUGAUCGUGUUACUCCUCAUUGCUCCCGCAUUUCAAUUUUUACCACAUACUAUUUUGGGCUCUAUUGUUUUGGUGGCGUUGAAAGGACUGCUAAUGCAAGUUACCCACUUCUUUCAACUUUGGCGAAUUUCUGUUAUAGAUGCUAUCAUAUGGAUGGUAACAUUCGGCAGCGUUUUUCUACUGGGAGUUGAUAUCGGUUUAUUAAUUGGCGUUGCUAUUGCCCUUCUGACUGUUAUCUUUAGAACGUCAAGACCAUAUUACUGCCUGCUUGGCCGAAUACCAAAUACCGACCUUUACAGAGAUAUUAAAAAAUAUGCUGCGGUUGAGGAGGUACCAGGAGUCAAGAUGUUUCGUUUCGAGUCGUCCUUGUAUUUUGCUAAUACGGAACACUUUAAAUACACUCUUUAUGAGAUAACUGGACUUUGCCCUACAGAUAGAACGGCAAUGGAAUUGCAGUACGAUCUUCGAAAUCGUAUUGUAACUUCUGGGGUAAGAAAACCAUUCGCUUUACCUUAUGACCUUACAUUUAUUAAAUGUCAGCUACGCUGA